AUGGGCUUCCAGACCAUAGGCGACGCCCGCAGCUUUCUGAAACUGCCCCCCUACAUGUCGAUCAGCCGCACGCGCCACAGAAGCGGCGGCCGGUGGGCCACCAUCGAUGAUGAGGUGGACCACCAUUCGCCCCGCCUCCUCGAGCCCCGCUCGCCGCGGGGGCAACUCGCCGCCUCCCAGCCGCCCUUCGAGGUCAAGUCUGUCGCCGCUCCCACCGACGUCAUUCUCACCCGCAGGGUGGCGCCUGACGUCGGACAUGGCUUUGGUGGAAAGAACUGCGACGUGUGUCUGCCGUUUGUGGUGGAGAAGGUGGUGGGCCGGGGCACCCGCAAGAAGCCGCUCGUGAUCGAGGUGGACUUCCCCGGCCGCACCCUACGCUACCGCUACCCCGACGGCCGCAAGCCCACCUUCCAACGGCCCCACCACACCCUCCUCCAGGUCUUGCGGUCGCACGUGAACGAGAAGAAGCUCAAACUGCUGUGGAGCGGACGGGAGAAGUUCGAGCGCCUCCUCCUGCCCUCCCGCGAACAGCUCGAACGCUUUUACGAGGCCGCGUGGGCGGUGCGCAGGGACCGGGGCGGCGGAGACUCGGUGGAGGUGUUCGUGGGCACGUGGAACAUGGGCAACGCGCCACCGCAAAAGUGCCUGAGCCCGUGGCUGCAGCCCGAGGCCAACUACGACCUCUACGCCAUCUCCGCCCAGGAGGUCAACUCCGAAACCGAUCUCUUCAAACUGGUCCAGGCGCAACUGGGCGAGGAUUACGUGAUGGUGGCGACGCAGUCGUUGAUGAUGAUGCGGCUGAUGGUGCUGGUGCGGCGCGAGCACCGGCACCGGAUCUCGGGCGUCACGACGGGCUCGGUGCCCACGGGCAUCGGCAACGUGAUCGGCAACAAGGGCGGCCUCGGCAUCGCCCUCAAGUUCAUCGAGACCUCCCUCUGCUUCGUCGGCUCCCACCUCGCCGCCAGGGAUGAGAGGGUGUAUGCGCGGAACGAGAACUAUCGGACGAUCGUGAACCAUCUGCGGCUGACGGACAGCUCGUUCGAUCUGACGAACCACUUCCACGCGCUCUUCUUCUUCGGGGACCUCAACUACCGCAUCAACACGGGCCGGGCCGAGGUGCUCCGGCUCAUCGCCGCCGAGCGGUGGGACGAGCUCUGCGAGGGCGACCAGCUCCUCAUCGAGCGCAAACACAAACGCUGCUUCGCCGGCUUCACCGAACCACCCAUCCGCUUCGCUCCCUCCUAUCGGUAUAAUCGGGGGGAUCGGACCUAUUCGGAGGAGAAGAUGCGAACGCCGUCGUACUGCGACCGCAUCCUGUGCAAGACCCCGCCCAACUUCAACGUCGAGUGCCACGCGUACGCCUCGUGCGACCAGCUCACCACCUCCGACCAUUCGCCCGUCUUCGGAGUCUACUCCGUCCCCCUCCUCUAUCCCGACAUGCAUAUGGUGCAGGAGAUGGCGGUGACUCGUAAUCUGGAGCAGGGGUUCGGGAUGGGGCUGGAUGUGAUGCUCACGGACGUGACGCUCACGCUGGUGCCGCCGCCGCCCUUCUCGCCGGGCUUCGCCGCCACGGUCCUCGUCAAGUCCCCCAGCCCCUACCUCUCCUUCCACGCUCCCUUCCUCGCUUCCCAAUCCCCCACCAUCACCGUACCACGCACAACAACGGCGACGUGGAGUUAUCACCAGCUGCACACCAUCAGCCCGAGCCGAGCAUGGCUGGCCAACCAACACAUGUGGAUCCUGGUGCACGACAGCGCCGCCAAGGACUCGGCCAGUCCGCAAGGGGUGAUAUCGCUGGACGUGAAGGGCACCGAACCGCGGCCGUUCCGCAUCAAACUCUUCGCGAGCGGGCUGCGGGUGGGCAAACUCACGGGGUCCGUGGCCAUCGCGGAGAGCCCCACCAAACACGAGCGACAAGAGGAAGACAUCGAGGCGGAGAGCACACAGGAGGCCGCCACCGUCAAGCAGGGCUACCUCAGCAAGGAGGGCCACAACCGGAAGUCCUGGAAGCGACGGUGGUUCGUGCUGUACUCGAGCGGUACGUUGUCGUACUACAGCAGUCCGUCGGCGCGCGCGGCGCUCAACGACGUGCGACUGCGCAACGGCACCGUGAUGGCGCUCGAGUCGAUGAAGCGGCCGACCCUCAAGCUCGAGGUGCCUCGUCGCGUGUUCUACAUCGCCACCACCGAUCAGCAGGAGCUGGCCUCGUGGGUCGACGCCCUCUCCAGGUUCACCCAGCCCGGCAACGGGAGCGACGCCGCCGCCUCCUCCUGA